AUGCCAUAUGUAAUGCUUGCUGAUGACGCCUACCCUUUAAAAGAAUAUAUUUUGAAGCCAUAUUCAAAGCGACAACUGACACAUGAAGAAAUGAUAUUUAAUUAUAGACUUUCACGUUGUAGACGUUGUGUCGAAUGUGCGUUUGGAAUAAUGUGUACCAAGUGGAGACUAUUAUACAAACCUAUCGAAACUAAAAUUGAAAAAGCAGAAAACAUUGCCAAAGCCAUUACUUUACUGCAUAACAUUAUAAUAGAUUUAGAUGGAAGCCCUAACGCGAUGGCAAUAGAAGAAGCAAUGGAAAGUUUCGAAUUUCAAAAAAAUAAUCAAGAAAUUACAAAUAUUUCACGAAAAAGUCUUAAUAGAUAUUCAAAUAAUGCAAAACAACUUAGAGAUACAUUGAAAUCAUAUUUUAACAGUCCAAUUGGAAAAAUUUCAUUUCAAGAAAUUUGUUGUUAUGGAAAAAAAAUUAAUUAA